AGCCAGUCCAAUUUUUUAAACUCCCUUCGUUCUUGUCCAUCACUAUGACUUCCAUCCGUUUGUUUUAUUUUCUAUGGUAUAAACUGUAUACGUAUAUUAUAUAUUAUAUUAUACAACAAAAUUAUUUAUAUUUUUCUUAUUUUACCUUUUUCAUUUCUUACUUUGUAGAAUCGGGCAAAAGAAUAUUUUAAAUAAGUAUUAACAGCAAUACUACCACUAAUCACUGGAGAUGAUUAAAUAUGAGAUUUAUAAUGUGUUGUGCGUUCCUUACUUGAGACAUGAAUCUAAUGGGUUACCAAAUAGUGAAUUGAUUAAACUAGGGUUAAAUUUAUCAAAUCUUUCAAAGUAGAAGGUCUUAGAUAGAAAGAAUGGAAAACAAACGUCUAACAAGUGGUGCGAUUAAUUGAACGCCAGCUUCAGAUCACCUGAACCACACAACAUAUCCAUACACACAGACUGACGAGACUGCAAAACGCUGCACAGCCAUCCUCCCUCUGUCUCUCUGUCUCUCCCUUUCUCUCUCUGGAAUUCUCCUAUGCAUUCACAAGAAUAGUGAUGAGCAAUUCGAAUAAAAUUUCUACGCAUUCGUCGUCGUCAUCAAUGGCGGCGAAUUCGACGCCCACGGACAGUUCUGGUAAGAAGGUACGGAAGCCCUAUACUAUUACCAAGUCGAGAGAGAGUUGGACUGAAGAAGAACACGAUAAGUUCCUCGAAGCUCUUCAAUUGUUUGAUCGUGACUGGAAGAAAAUCGAAGACUUUGUUGGUUCCAAGACAGUAAUUCAGAUACGAAGUCAUGCCCAAAAGUAUUUUCUAAAGGUCCAAAAGAACGGAUCAAUAGCACAUGUUCCACCACCUCGCCCCAAACGCAAGGCCACACAUCCCUAUCCACAAAAAGCUCCCAAAAAUGUUUUAUUGCCACUUCAAGCAUCAUUGGGCUAUGCAUCUUCCCUGAGUGGGCUUGCAUCUGGAUACUCUUCAUGGGAUCAUGAUACCUCCCUGCUUAUGAGCCCAUCUGGUCGAAUCUUACCACCACAAGAUGAAAUUGAAUAUGAUCUCCAUGGAUAUGAAGGCGUUCAUGCAUCUGACACUGGAUCAAAGGGGACAGGAAGGAGUAGUGGUAUAGGAAGCUCAAAUAGAGAAAUGCAAAGUUCUGAACAAGGUUCUGUCCUCUAUGGUACACCGGAUUUUUCUGAAGUUUAUAGCUUUAUUGGAAGUGUUUUUGAUCCAGAGAGUAAAGGGCAUGUGCAGAAACUAAAGGAGAUGGAUCCUAUAAACUUUGAAACAGUGUUACUGUUGAUGAGAAACCUGACAGUGAACUUAUCAAGUCCAGACUUUGAGCCAAUGAGAAAGGUUCUAGCCAUAAUUACGUACUAUAUAUAUGUAAACUACAAAUGAGAAUGGCACGCUCUAUGCAUCAUGCACAAAGAUCAAGAAAGUCGCAUCCCAAAUAUCAUCCAAUGUGAAGAUGGUUAUAUAACUCAUAUGGUUAGGGCUUAUGGGGUGAAAAUCUUGCAGAAUUUAUGUUUUUUUUGCAUAUGGUGCUUCUUCUUCUUGUAUUUUUUUUAACGUUAUGAUUUCGUGAGUUGUAUAUUUGUAAGAGUGGUGUUGCUACAAAAAGUAACAGAGGGAGAAGUAAUCCAUAGGAAUAAUAAAUAAUCAAAAGAAAAAAAUUGUCUUGGUAAACCAACUUAACCCU